GGGAGAGAUGAGGGAUCAGGGUGGCUGCAGAGAGACAAAGUGACGGAUCGAGAUUCACGAGCGGAUAAGCAAGGGAAGGAGGAGUGAAGGGUUGAAAGGAGGAGGGGCAUGAGCUGCUCAGGAGCUUAAAAAGAGCAGAGCGCGAAAGGGAACCUAACACAGAGUGAACAUGGAAUAAACUGAACGCGCUCGUCUGGAGGGGGAAUAAGAUCAUCAUCACUUGAGGGCCUAUGGAGCGGGAAGGAACCGAGCCAACAGAGGGAGUGUAAGGUUAGUGAGAGAGCAGGGAGUAACUAAGACAGGGAAUCCCACCCACUGGGCAAGUGUAACACACACACACACACACACACCGGUUUUAUCACAACCAGUCACGCUGUAACAGAACCGUGUAGCCGUCUAAUCAUCACACAAACGCAUCAGCGGCGCCACACAUGCUGUAUUUACGGAAUACACACACACACACGGACUCGUAGUUCAAAGCUCGACCUGAGGGAGUUUAGACUGUAGCAAAAAGGCAUAGAGAGUCUUGGAUGACACAAGGGCAAGACUGAGCUUGGAAGGGGGGGGGGACAAAAGAGUGACGUUAGGACUGAUGCACCACUCGCAUAGCAGAGGAUAAAUAUUCCACAUCUCCAGGACUGAACCGCACAAAAGAUUGAUGUUUUACCUUUCUUAAAACCAUCCCAGCACUAUUUCUUCAUGAGAAGCAUCAAUCCUUCGAGGAACUGAGGAUCCAUCUUCACAUCAGCUAUAUCCUUUUAAAAAACCUUUUCUGGAAAACACUACGAAAAGCCCAAAGAUCACUCUCCACCAUCCUGGGAGUGGGAUGGGACCUGAACACUGAGGAUACGUGAGAGAUCACCGCCCGCCGACCCUGCAGCAUGUUGCCCUGGCAUGGGACGAAAUGGCCACUUGUGCCCCUGUUCCUGAGCCUCCUACUCACCACCUGGGCUGGACAGGACAGCCUCGAGGACGUGGACGUCGAUGAUGAGAGCAACUCCGUGAGCACAGAGAGUCCUGAGACUGUGUCUUCAGAUAUGGACAUAGUUGAUCCUCACAUGACCUGGAUAGCCUUCAGGGAUAACUCAAAUAAGGGUGGAAACAAGAAGCCCAAACAAAAUAAAAGAAUCUCUAAGCACGGCCUGCCUGGUCCUCCAGGCCCUCCCGGACCCCAGGGGCCUCCUGGUCCUCCUGGCCCGCUGAUGCCCAACCAGGACGAGAUACUGGAGGACCUUCAAGUAAAACUAAAAGAGAUGGUGGACAGCCAGUGUGUGCUCUGUGAACAGCCCCCCCGCGUGGCCACGGCCUUCCACAGCCACCUGCACCGCAAUCUGCUGGUCCAGAGACGAAGCCUGCAGGAGCUCCAGCCUUUCAGCAGUCCGUCAGACACCGAGCAGUUCCACCAGCGGGGGCAGGGCUUCAACGCCAGCAGCGGGCGCUACACCGCUCCGGUCUCGGGGUUCUACCAGCUCACGGCCAGCCUGGUGCUGGAAUCCAGUGAGAGUCAGAAAAGGACGCAGGCGCGACAGAGGGACAGCGUAAAGGCCUCCAUAUGUAUCGAGUCUCUGUGUCAGAGCAACAUGUCUCUGGAGACGGUAACAGGCGUGAGUCCUGCAGGAGGCGUGUUCAGCAUUCUGCUGACAGGAACCUUGUACCUGCAGGCUGGAGAGUACGUGUCUAUUCUGAUUGACAACGGAACAGGAUCAGCGUUAACAGUUCUCCAAGACAGCUUAUUUUCUGGGAUCCUUCUUGGAAUAUAAGACCUCAAAGACAAACCACACAGACACAGGGAAACAGAGACAAAGAGAGAGACAGACAGACAGACAGAGGACAGACAUGCAGUAAUUAGCUAGUCGGAAAGUGAGACACAUUCACACACAGAGGGAGAGACAGAGAGAGACAGAGAGAGAUGGACUCAUUAGCCUCUUGAACAGAAACACCUGUACAGCUGUUCACUUACACUGUUAUCCAAGCAGCCAAUCAUGUGGCAGCAGCACAGUGCAUGAAACCCAAGAGCUUCCGUCACAUCAAACAUCAGAACAAAUGGUGAACUUACACCAGCAGAAGAACACAUCAGGUUCCUGUCCGGUCAGCCAGUAAUAAAGAUCACAUUUGCAGAUUCACUCAAUAAUAAUAAUAAUAAUAAUAAUAAUAAUAAUAAUAAAACAUCUGACUGGUUUAAGUGAGUCUAAGAGAAAUAAAGGGUUUUUAACUCUUCUGUGGUCAUUAAAAGUCCCAGUUUGACUUGAACACCCCUGUGUGAAAACCCCAGGAGCUCAGCAGUUCCAGAAAGCCCCUAAACAUCAAAACGAACGAGCUCACAUUUUCUCCUCUUUGAUGUUUGAUGUGAACAAGCCCUUUCCUUGUAUCUGCAUGAAUUUACACCGGGUGCUGCCACAGGAUUGGCUGAUUGGAUCCCUGCAUGCAUAAACACAGACAUUAAACCAUCAAACACAAAAAGCUCCCGGUCUCUCCCAGGCCAGGCCAGGUCAGGUCUCGCUCUGUAUCCCGUCUGCGUUUGUACAGUACUCCAGGAAUCCUAACGUCAGUAUCAAUUAUCGCGUUUCACCCAAAUAUCUACACUAAGACGCUUUAGCAUCUUGCCAGCAGGAUCAUUACACAGUGCCACAUUUAUUCAUCUGUCCAUAGAGAUGUAUGUAUUUUUUUUUCAUGUGUUGUGUUUAUAUGCUACAGCGGUCCACUGAACAGGAAAAAAAGAAAUGAUAUAUACGUAUUUAUUUUUGCUUUUUUUUUUCGAACAAGUGUGAACAAUGUUAAUAAAAAAAUAAUAAUAAACCUCGCUGAACGUGAGACUGGAGAUUCUU